AUGGACAUUCCACAGUCAAAGACUGACGACUGUCUCCUAGACCUUGCCAAUUCAACUGAAGACCUUCACACUCCUCCAAAACCGCCUUAUCCUCUGCAUUUUGCCAAAAAUAGCCUCUCGCAACAUCAACAGCAGCAGCAACAACACAAGCAACAGCAGCAUCACCAAAACCAACAACCUCAAAGGAAACAAUCACAACAUCAUUCAGGCGACCCACAAACCUCUCUCUCCUUUCAGAGUCUCCAGCCUCAUCCCCCAUUCAAGGAUUUUGCAAAUUGUAACAAUCAAAGUCUAGAAUCGCGAAAAAUAUCCGCCGCCUCUAGACGACCUUCAGGCAUCAGUUUUAUUGGCUACAAAUACAGUAGGGCCGUGAUUCAAGAUCCCACGACUGGAUGCUGUCUACGAACAUUCUGUAGAGGUUGGAUAGGCAUUCUCCAACUUCUUAUCGCGCUGAGGGCAAUUUUGGCACGAUUUGUGUUUCUAGCUUUAACCAUGACACUUGUCGUGACGGUGGUGAGCGCCAAAGGCCAAAAUGUUUACUGGUUGUUGUGUUUCCUUAUGCUUCCGUUACUGGUAGAUCUUUGCUAUUCCAUUGGGCUUGUAGUAGCUCCCCGACGAGUUCAGGACAGGACAGAAAAGUGGUUUACCAAAUGUCUUUUAGCCUACCUUUUUUGCGCCUGUCCACCGAUCUGGAUCAUUGAAUUGCAUCAGUUACAACAACUGAACGAAGCAACCGACGCGGUGAUCAACAACCAGGGCUUCAUAAAGCCAGGUGGGUUGAUGCCAAUGCGAAAUCCCUGGAUGGAGGCGGGGCUGGUUUACAAUGAACCCGGUGAGAAUAUUGUGAUAAUGGGGGAUAGUGUAGAGAACUACCUGAAUGCAGCCGCAAUGCGCAAGAACCUUACGAUGGGUACUGCCGUCACUCGCCCGACAUUUCGCGUCAAAAGGUCCGCAUCUGAGGAAGCCUCAAUUCGUUUCCCUACGCAAGAAGAAAGUUUGAUACAGGCAGUGACUCUGCAACAUUACCCCUUGAAAAUGAGGGUUCGCAUAAUGGAACAACUUUUACUUCUCUCGGUCAUCGUUGGACGUUGGCUGCUACCUCGUCUCGGGAUAAGUCGUGAUCAACUGUCUCAGUUGCUCCUCAUCAACAUUGGCAAUGCGGCAGACAUUCUGGAGCUCUUUGAGGCCUUCAACGAAGAAGCCGUGCGAACCAAUACCUCCCUGAAUAUUUGCAUUCUCUGCCUAUGGCAGGCCUCCCUCCUUCAAUUCUGCUUCAAUAAGACAGCCACAUUAGAACGCCGUAAAAGUACCACCCAGCAGGCGCCCUCGCUUCUUCGAUCUGUCUCCAGAAGCACCACACUUAAUGACCUCGUUCCUGCAGAUCCAAAUCAAAUUCAGACGGAGAUCCUCUUAGUCCCCAACCGAAGGCGCCACUUCUGCGAUUGCUGUUCUCAGCGUUCUCCAGACGAGCCCGUGUCCGGGUGUGAACAACUCUGGUUCGGUACCGAAUUGUGGGCUCUCUUCAUGUCUCUUAUUCUUCAAGAUGUACCUUUUCUGGCGUUACGACUUACCUUAGUGUUGCACUUUAACGUGCGCAGCUACUCAAACAUCUUCUUCACCUGUAAAAACUCCCUCCUCAUUCUACUUCAGGUAUUUCGUUCGGCGGUUAUACUGAGUGAGUUUCGGCGCAACUGGGCAAAUGAAAAAUCUGACAUUCCUUUGAUUCUGGUGCCCUAA